AUUAGAUAAUAGUAUAUUUUAUUAUUCAAUCAUAUAUACAGAUGGAAAACAAGAAAUUUGUGCACAUUUCCAGAUGUAAGCCGAUUGCACUCACUCGCUACGGUUUCGAUUUUUGUUUUUGCAAUUAUGCCAUGGUUUAAAACUAAUUUUGUAUCGAUCGUUGAUGACUUGCUAUUUUCCGCCAUUUGACUUUCUUUUCCAAAGAUUGGAAUUUGUCAUCAGUCAUUUCACACUCCAGUGAAUAAGUAGAGCCCCAUAAAGAAAUAGAAGAAAUUGAGAUGCAAGUGCAGGCGCCGAGCUGCCACGGUUAAUCGGUCCUCUCUGAUACUCAAAAAAAAACUUCCGCUUUAAGGGGCUGGAUUAUGUGUGACAGUGACGGUGACGGUGACUAUAAAUGCGACUGUGACUGCAUCGAGUGACCGUUGUUAGCUGCCAAACGUCAUUAACGACUAAUGUUGGUCAAAGUCAGUUCAAAUAUUUGCGGAGUUCGUUUGUGUUUUUGCCUGUGUUUUUUGAUUAUAAUUAGCGAACAAAACGUGUAAGCCUCUCAAUAUGUUGCUCAUCGCUGUGAUUUUCGCCAUACAAAUGCUCAGUAUACUAAUUAACCAAACGCCAGUUAGCCACUGUGAAGCACAACAACAAGCUUUCGCAGCACGCGAUCCGCGCAUUCGUCAUCGUGGCAUCGCUUACGCCACAAAUCAGCUUGGCGUCAACGAUCAAAUUGCAACGCUCAAUUCAACAGCACUACUGCAGCAGCUACCCUCACGCGGAUACGGUGGCGAUAUUAGUGAGAAAGAGUAUCGACCGCUCUACACUUUACCACAGCGUGCGACACCACCCGAUGUGGCUAAAUACCGCAAUUAUGGCAAUUACUUCCAGCCCAUUCCAAUAAAUGCACCCACACUGAAGAUGUUGCCACCGCUCGCACCACCCUUUAAGAAGGAACGAAAACGCCAUACGGAGUAUUCCACACCAGUUAGCUUCGACCAUCAAGUUCUGCACUUGGAUGGCCAGAUCGCGCAGGAAUAUCGCCCACGCCGCUACACAAAUACCAGUUCCGACACAGCACGAGCGCAUCGACGGACCCAAGCUAUAAAUACGCCAGCAGCUCAUGCUAAACCUAUAGAAGCACAAGCAUCAAUAUUAAACGCCACGGAAGGGCCUCGAGGAUCUCUGGAAAACAUGGAACCCGCGCAGACAAUUAAAAAGACGCAGUCAUAUCAUGAUAUAUUUAUGCGCUUUAACGGGCCGCACCAUCUGGACUAUGGCCAUAUCGAGUUGCAACCACGAAAACACUUUGAGAAACGUUUUGAGUCCUUGAACAAAAAUAAUGGCAAUCGUCAUCGUGGCGAGAUUGUAUGGGUCGAUGCAACGGGCGGUUACGGUGAACACCAUUGGGAUUUGGCGCAAGGAAAACUUCGUUAAGGCGCCAUCGGUACGUGACUCAACGCAAUUCUUAAGUAUUUACACUUUUAACUGCGUUUGAAGGCGAAUCCCUCUCUAGCUAAGUUCAGAUAAAUAACGAGGAAAAUUCCAAAGACCGACGAAGUCUUACUCGUAUCAUCCAACAACAAUUUCGAACAGUUUAACGAGCUCACGUUUGCACUCAGAGGAGGAGAAGUUUGGACACACUUGGUCUAUACACACUUACAUAUGUACAUGUUUAUCAACGGCAUGCAUGAAACGUGGCAUAAACGUUUUUGGGAUGCAAAGGACCUUUUAUUACACAAGCAAAACAUUGAGAGGAAUUCGAGGUUUUAGUCUGAAAGGACUAGGUACAUACAUACAUAUGUAUGUAUUCGGUUGUUUCAAGAAAGCUUAAAAGGUAUUCUCCUCGAUCAAAU